GCUAUGUGGUGUUCCAAUGUUUGUCCUUUUUCACACGAGGAAACAUCGCUUGAUGCAGAAACCAAGCGUACUCUUCACCCCUUUCCUUCCCAAUAAACAAUGUCUAUAAUUGACUUGUAUUCAUUCUUCAUGGCAAAAUGAACCAGGGUCCGGGCUUAUAUUUUGAUAUUGGAAAGAAGGCCAGAGAUGUUCUUCAUAAGGACUACUGUCAACAAACACCAAUUCACUUUAACUACCGAUUCUUCGGUUGGAAUUUAGAUCUAUCCUGUGAAGAAGAACUUGUGCAUGGACUAAAGGGCCUUUUUGCAUGUAACAUACCUGACUCUGGGAAGUUGGAACUUCGACACUUGAGUAGAUUCAGUGGGUUUAGUGCAAGCAUUGGAUUAUUGGGAGACGAAGGAAAAGGAUAUAGCCCUGUAGCAAACCUCUCUGGUCUUAUAGGAACAAGAAUUCUCUCCCUGGGAGCAAAUCUUGCCUAUGACAUAUCAGCAACAAGGACAACUAACAGUCUCAAUACUGGAUUGAGCCUCAACAGUCCCUACCUUGUUGCUUCCGUGACCUUGCAUGACUAUUUCCAAACUUUGAAAGGUUGCUGCUAUUUUGAAGUGAACCCCCUGAACAAGACUGCAAUUGCAGCAGAGGUGAAGUAUGACCUUGCAGAUGAUGAGAUUACUGGUGUAACGAUUGGUGUUCAGCAUGCAUUGUUUCCUUGGACAUUGUUGAAGGCUCGACUCAGCAAUAAUGGCAGGGUAGGCGCUCUUAUUCAACAGAAGUUCGGAAGGAAGUUUUCCAUAACUGUGGCAGGAGAGGUCAAUUUGAAUGAGAAAGACAAAGAAAAGUGUCCCAAGGUUGGAGUCUACAUGGCUAUAAAAUAGUUUUUCAAGAAGAAAAGCUCUUCAUGUAGAAGCAGGCAACGAGAUAUCAUGAAGACUUCCAAAAGAGGUCGUAAACUGCAUGCAAAUUUUGUUUUGCCCCGUGCAUUUUUUUCAACAUUGGAGAAGUGUAUCAUAUCCUUAUUUAGUGUUUUGUGAUUAAUGUUUUUGAGGUCUGAAAAGAAGCCAUACACAGUUUAUUUAGAUAUCUAUGUAUCAGAGAUUUGUACCAGUGAAAAUUCAAAUUGAAUUCUGUUUCUCAUGUAGGUAACUCUCGAACAAAAUCCAUUCUGCAAGAGUUAAUUUCUCCCUUUGCUGGUCAAGAUAAGAUGAAGUGGUAGAAGCAACAUAUAUUUCUAUGCUUGAUUUGGUUUUGGAGAACUAAUUGUUCACAGAGAGAAGUAGGUACUUAGUAAACAAUGAUCAUUUAUAUGUAAAGCAUCCAAACCAUACUAUUCCCUACAGGGAAAAUAUGUCAACAAUACUUAAUGUAAUAAUCAGCCUGAAGAGCUGUGAUGUGUUAUUUGAAAGGUCAAUUAAUUUCCUGCUGCUCAAAAUUGUAUCUGCAAUGAUAAUGAGAACUUGGUCGUGCAUCAUUCACAUUUUAGAAUGCUUCUAUUCACAGUGAUAGUGGCAAAUGGAUUGUCUAAUUAAACAAGGCCACUGAACACAUUAUGCUUUGAAAGACAACCUUAUCAUGCUCACAUAGCUUUUACAAGAGCUAGGUGGAGUAGAAACUGCUGAUUAUAACCCAGAAAAGGUCCAUUAUGAAAUGGGUAGCUAUAUAAUCACUAACUGAACUUGGUCCAAGGGAAAUGAAAGCAGCUGAAGACUUGGAGGAAGUACCAAUCUUUCGAAGUGUAAAAAUAGAGAGUGACAAGGACAAUGUCAACGACAUCUCUUGCAUUUGUACGAAGUUGUACCAGGUACAUAUACUGAUUCUAAAGGUAUGUGUGGGUAAUUGUACACAGAGAUACAUCCUCCAAUA